UUCUCAGAUAAGAGUCGAUCGACUUCGAGUCUACGAAAUAUCGUUAUUGAUUAAAAAUUUUUGAAAAUGUUAUGCAAGUGGAAAGUGGCAGAUUGUUUUAGUUUAUGGAUUUUCUCAUCACUUUAUUAUCUUAUUCUAACACUGAAUCAACAUGUUGUAUUCGUUUCUAGUUCAUCUUUGAAAAAAGUUGCAGUGGUUACAGGUGGUAAUAAAGGAGUAGGAUAUGCCAUAGUUAAAGGCCUUUGUCAGAACUUUUCCGGAGAUGUAUUCUUGACAGCUCGAGAUGAAAAGCGAGGAUUAGCUGCAGUAACAUCUCUAAAUCAUAUGGGCUACGAUCCAAAAUUUCACCAACUCGACAUCACUGAUGAUCAAAGCAUUAUCAAAUUUAAUAAUUAUAUUUUCCAAAAAUACGGCGGAUUAGACGUAUUAAUAAAUAAUGCUGCGAUUGCUUUCAAAGUUGCAGCCACAGACCCUUUUGCUGUGCAGGCGAAAGAAACAAUUCGAGUGAAUUAUUUUGGUACCAGAAAAGUCUGCGAUGUAAUGUUUCCUAUUCUCAGACCACAUGCCAGAGUCGUGCACCUUUCUAGCAUACUUGGUCACUUGCUUAGAAUACCAUCUGAAGCAUUGAGGAAGAAAUUAUCCGCUGACAAUCUAACCGUUGAUCAUUUAGAUUGGUUGAUGCUAGAUUUUGUGAGGUCGGCUGAACAAGAUAAAGACGUAGAUCUACAUUGGGGAGCAAGCGCUUAUUCUGUAUCAAAAGUAGGUGUUUCUGCUUUGGCGAGAAUUCAACAAAGAGAAUUUCUUAAUGAUGAACGUGCGGAUAUUGUUGUGAAUUCGGUGCAUCCUGGUUACGUUAAUACUGAUAUGACUAGUCAUAUAGGACAUUUGACUAUUGAAGAAGGUGCUGUAUCCUCUUUGUAUGCUGCUCUUCUUCCGGAAAACAUUACCGAACCGAAAGGAGCUUACAUUUUGCAAAAUAAAGCCAUCGUUGAUUGGACUGCACCUUUUUAAAAAUGAUUGUAUGUACCAUAGGUAAUUAUGCUGUCAGAGGCAUUUCCAUGAAAAAUUCCGUUGUAUAAUAAUCUAUGUGAAAUGUAUUAUUUUUAAUAAAAGGAUUUUAAGCAGAAAU